AAAAAAUGAAAUUCAAUUUUGCUGAGUGUGACUGAGAUUGGAUUUAAAACUUCACCUCAGCCCUUGGACAUUGGAAAUGGGGGAUAUAAUUAGGGCAGAUGUCCGUUGACUUGAAAAUAAAACAAUAUCUACCGUUCCUGUCUUGCCCAACUAUGAGGUAACUUGCAGUUGAUAAGAGUUGAGAUAAUGCCGUUUUGAUUCACAAUCAGGUAGUCUACAACAAUGUCAAUAGCUAGCCAGAUAGAACUCAACUACCCAAUGGCCAAUGGUUGUAAGGGUGUCCAAGUUGAAGAACUAUGGAGUUUAGAUGCUGAAAACUUCAUUAAUUUAAAACCCGUUCAUGGAUUGAUUUUUCUGUUUAAAUGGGUGGCGGAUAAAGAACCUGAUGGUUCUAUUGUAGCAGAUAAUCGAUUAGAAAAAAUUUUCUUUGCAAAACAGGUUAUAAACAAUGCGUGUGCUACACAAGCUAUUAUCAGUAUAUUACUCAACUGUAAACAUCCAGAUUUAGAACUGGGAGAUACAUUAUCAUCGUUUAAAGAAUUUUCACAAAGUUUUGAUCCUGCUAUACGAGGGUUAAGUUUAAGUAAUUCAGAUGUUAUUCGACAAGUUCACAAUAGUUUUGCCAGACAACAGAUGUUUGAAUUUGAUGAAAAGUUAGCGAAGAAGGAUGAUGAUGUAUUUCAUUUUGUUGGUUAUUUACCUAUAGAUGGUAGACUAUAUGAAUUAGAUGGUUUAAAAGAUGGUCCAGUUGAUUUAGGCGUUAUACCUAGUUCUACAGAUUGGUUAGAUAUUGUCAGACCUGUUAUAGAAAAACGAAUGCAAAAGUAUAGCAAUGAUGAAAUACAUUUUAACUUGAUGGCUGUAGUGUCUGAUAGAAAAAUGUUGUACGAAAAGAAAGUAAAAGAUUUACUCAAACAAGUUGAAUCUGGUGGUAUGGAUACAGAUAACCUCCAAUCAGAAAUAACACAACUUAAACUACAAAUGACAGAAGAAGACAGUAAAAUGAAACGAUAUAAGACAGAAAAUAUUCGCCGAAGGCAUAAUUACCUCCCUUUUAUAAUGGAGUUGUUAAAAAUAUUAGCGAAAGAGCAAGAAUUACUCCCUUUAGUUCAAAAGGCAAAAGAAGUAGCAAAUCAAAAAAAGAAAGAGAAAACUGAAAAAAAAUUAUGAAAAAUGGUAGAUGGUGUGAAUUAUUUGUUGUAUUGGUUCUAUGUGUUGUUUAACAUUAACCUGUAUUUAUUGUAUGUUAAAGGGUCUACAUUACUUUUUUCAUUAAAGGUGUCUAAAAGUA